ACACACCGCAGGGCUGGGAAGCUCUGGGUCUCCGCCCUGCUCUCUUAUUGGCGACUCCAGCCCAGCUCCUAGUCAUGAAACCCCUGCUCCUCUCCGCUGGCCCUGGCACACAGGCCCUGGUGAAGCUGCUGUUGCCGCUACUGGUGGCACAACUCUGGGCUGCCGAGGCGCUGCUCCCUGGAAACCUCACGACCCCGGACGCAGCGGCCUUGGGCGCCCCGUGCGCGCGUGGCUCGCAGCCCUGGCAGGUCUCCCUCUUCAACGGCCUGUCCUUCCACUGCGCGGGCGUCUUGGUGGACCGGAGCUGGGUGCUCACUGCCGCGCACUGCUGGGACAAUAAGCCGCUGUGGGCUCGAGUCGGGGACGACCACCUGCUGCUUCUCCAAGGGGAGCAGCUGCGCCUGGCUUCCCGGGCUGUCGUCCACCCCAAGUACCGCCGGGGCCCGGCCCCGGUGCUGCCCCGCCGCACCGACGACUACGAUCUCAUGCUGCUGAAGCUGGGCCGGCCUGCAGAGUUGGGACCCCGCGUGCAGACGCUGCGGCUGCCGCUCAGCUGCGCCCGGCCUGGGGACACCUGCCACGUGGCCGGCUGGGGGACCACCGCCUCCCGCAGAGUGAAGUACAACAGAGGCCUGAGCUGCUCCAGGGUGACAAUCCUGAGUUCUAAAGAGUGUGAGGUUUUCUAUCCGGGAGUGAUCUCCAGCAACAUGAUCUGUGCAGGACUAGACAGAGGCCAGGACCCUUGCCAGAGUGAUUCCGGUGGCCCUCUCGUGUGUGGGGAGACCCUGCAGGGUGUCCUGUCCUGGGGCAUGUACCCCUGUGGCUCCGCCCAGCACCCUGCCGUCUACACCCGGGUCUGCAAGCUGGUCCAGUGGAUUGAGAAGACCAUACGCUCCAACUGACCCCUCCACAGCCCCCACAGCCCCCCCACGGCCCCCACCUCAUACCUGGGAGCACCUGCCCCUCGCUCCUCCUCCUCCUGCCCACAGGAGCCCAAGGGCAGACAGUCAGUGUCAUUUGUCCAGAGAAGCAAGAAAGCAGAUAGUCUCCUGGAAGUUUCUGGAGCCAUGACACCAUGGCUUCCUCUACCGCUCGCUGCUGUAUGCCCUGGGACAAGCUAAGGCCCUCUCUGAGCCCUGGUUCUCCCCCUUACAAGACAGAGACCAUGCAGUGCCCAUCUCUUAGCCACAGUGUACGUGAAUCUUUGUAAUGAUUGGGGAAUGCUGAAGGCAGGGAGCCACAAGCAUGGAAUAAACGUUACCUGCCCACGAGGGCCUGUAACUAUGUAG